GGAGAAACUGUGAGCGGCGCUGUGCGGACUCACACGGCACAUCACACAUUCUCAACAGUAAUAUUUCCUGACCCGCUGUUUGCUCUAACGGGACAACUUUAACCCUGUGGAUAUUUGUUUUUACGCACAGCUACUUUUGCGCUUCCAGCUCGACUUUGGAGACCGGAAACGUGCUGCUGCUGAAACCAUGAUAAUGAGGAUGCAGGGGGGAGGCUGCUACCUAAAGUGCAGUCCUUGCUAGACUGCACCUCACUAAAGACCCUUUCUCCCUCACCCAUCACUGCUCUGGGACAUCCACCCCCCCCUCCCUCCCAUGGCCAACCAUCUGGAGCUGAUCCAGGAGUUGCAGCAGCUGGACAAGGUGCCCAGUCUAGAGAGGCUCCGGGCGGCACAGAAGAGGAGGACACAGCAGCUGAAGAGAUGGGCGGUGUACGAGAAGGAGAUGCAGAACAAGAAGAAGAAGGCUGACAAGAAGAGCCGCUGCAUCAACAACAACCAGCAGGAGUCCAAGAGGCAUGUGUCGUUUGCUGCUAAUGUGGCACUACUGGAAGCAUCGGCCCGAAAUGAUCCGGAGGAAGUGCGGCACCUGCUGAGGAACAACGUGAGCCCCGAUCUGUGCAAUGAAGACGGACUCACCGCUCUGCAUCAGUGCUGUAUAGAUAACUAUGAGGAGAUGGUGAAGAUCCUUCUGGAGAGAGGAGCCAGUGUGAAUGCUCAGGACAAUGAGCUGUGGACUCCUCUGCACGCUGCUGCCACCUGUGGCCACGCUGGUCUUGUCAAGAUACUCAUCGCACACGGUGCUGACCUCCUGGCAGUUAACUCAGACGGGAACAUGCCCUAUGACCUUUGUGAGGACGACCCUACACUGGACAUCAUUGAGACGGCUAUGGCCAACAGAGGCAUCACGCAGGAGAUGAUCAACGAGACGCGAGCCUCAACGGAGCGGAGCAUGCUGGGAGAUAUUCAGGAGCUUAUGAGGCAAGGAGAGGAGGUCAACCAGCAGGACUCUCAGGGUGCCACUCUGCUCCAUAUUGCUGCAGCGAAUGGCUACGUCCAGGCUGCAGAGUUACUCCUGGAGGGGGGAGCACGCAUGGACCUGAGGGACUCCGACGGGUGGCAGCCCCUCCAUGCGGCGGCGUGUUGGGGGCAGAUGCAUGUGGCAGAGCUGUUGGUUUCACACGGAGCCAGUCUCAACGCCAAAACGUUUCUUGAGGAGACGCCCAUUGAUUUGUGUGAAGAUGAGGAGUUCCGAAAUAUCUUGUUGGAUCUCAAACACAAACAUGACAUCAUCAUGAAGUCUCAAAACAAGCACAAGACCUCACUGUGCAGGAGGACCUCCAGCGCAGGAAGUCGUGGUAAAGUUGUGCGGAGGGCCAGCCUGUCUGACAGACACAACCUGUGCCGGAAAGAGUAUGAGACAGAGGCUAAAAUGUGGAGAGGAGGAAGAGAAGAGCAGGAUGAACGAGAGAGGGACACUGACCAGGAGAACAGACAAGUGCUUAAUGUGAAGCCAGUGAUCGAGCUGCCAGACAGACCCAAGCUACCCGCCAUCCUCAAAGACAAUCGACAGAACGGGCUCAUCUCCACCACGACAUCCAUGCCCCCGCAGUCCCCCUCCAACGGCACCGCCCCAGACAAGACCUCCCUCCUGUCCACGCCCACUCAGGAAGAGACCUGGGCCCGGGACCGCCCCCAAACUCUGUCAGAGCUGAAAAAACAAAGAGCAGCAGCCAAACUGUUGAACCACCCUUUGUUCAACGGUCAUCUCGGCAACGGCUCCACGGACUCCUUCUCCGACGCCAGAAACAAUUCUGACGACCCCCGCAUGCCGUUGGUCUCGUCCAAUGGCAGCGCAGUUUACUACACUCCGGCCAGUGGGGACCCGCCCCUGCUGAAACUUAAGCAGCCACUAGAAGAAGAGGCGCCCAAACCUCGGACCUGCUGCUGUGUGUCAUAGCACCCUGGUCAUGUGAUCACUGAUGUCACUAAAAGUAUUUGGAGUUAGGAAAGACAGUGUUUCUCCCUCACACCUCCUCCACUGCACAGGAGUACACGGCUCGCUACUGAAAAUGGAAACUCGCCAUAUGAACAAGUGACAAAUGUUAAAAAGGCAAAUAAGAACAACACUUUCUGGAGAAAUACAGAGAGGCAGAUUUGUAAUUUACAUGAAAGGCCACUUUGAUCUGAUGGAAAGAGAAUCUGCCUGUAGCUUCUCAGUAAAAGUACGGAGAUUCAAGUCAAGAAUUGAAGUCUAUGAAGUAACUGAAGGUACUGCAUGUUCUGUUGCAGGGCGCAAAUGGGAAAGCUUUUGUGUCUCCACAGAGGUUAUUAUAUCAGUACAGGUGAGCACAACAGUCACAUGCCUUUUAGACCAAACUUAUCUUCUUCAUGUUCACGUAGGUCGGUAGAACUGAAAAGCUUAAUUACAAUUUGCGUUACAUGUAAAGACCAGCAAAAUCUAUAGAAAGGUAUUAUAUGAAAUGAUAAAAGAUCAACCUUUAUGCUUUUAACUUGAAAAAUUCCAACCCUGUUACCUUACAACUAGUCUUUUUUUAGUAUUUCUUGAUUUUCACAGCAAAACAUGCUCUUUUUGAGAACUGUAAAAGUAAAUACCAAUAUGUGUAUGAAUAACUAAUACAUAUUGUGUCCAGUGUGUCUGUGUAAUAUCACUUAAUGUUGAAAACCUAAAUCUGACCAGAAUACAUGUGCUAUUGGGGAAAA